AGAAGGAGGAGGCAGCAAAGUGCGCUGAAGGUGACCAAAGUUGCUCCUGAAAGCAUCAGGCUUCGGUUGCGGUCCAGAAGUGUUGCGCGUCGAGGAGCUGCAGAAGUGGGUGUAGAAAUCGGACUUUUGAGGCGCAUACACGCCGCUCUUUUGCGCUAGAGGCUCGAGGGAGGUACACUGCGCCCUUUGACGAUCGGAAGAGGAGGAGAAGGAGGAGGUGGUGGAAGAGGAGGCUGCACUGUGGCGUGCGCGAUGACGAGACGCUGUUUUGGGCUUGCGGGGCAGCCAAGUGGACUACGGCUGUGAAAACACUUCCUCCGAGGCAACAUAAUGACCUGCUGAAUCAAGCAUCAAACAAGUGCACCCUCUGCCCACCCGGAAAAACAAUUCUAUACACCUGUGGUACCCUGGACUGGCUGCCACGGCCCUGAAUAGAGUGGACAACUUUUAACAGCAAGGCAGCAACUGAAAGGAAAGGAGUUCAAAACAAGUAUUUGUGCAAGGCAUCACAUCGAAAAAUAACCUGUACAUGACUGAACUAGUAGAUUUUUUAGGACAAUUAUCUUUGUGUAGCACAUUAAUAAAACCAGAGGGCAACUUGAAGAUUGACGGCUAAUGUGAGCAUCCUGGAUUGCCUUUCACUCCCAUAAAGGAUCCUUGAGCCCAAUACCACCGGUCUUGGGACUGUCUGGCCAAAGUGUCGCCUUUUAGUGUUGGAGGAGAGUUUUCUGAAUUAGGCCUCUGGAAGCUUGGUGAAAAUGACUUGAGUUGGCAGGCCUAACAACCCCCUUACCCACAGCUAGAGUGAGAGAGCCUGGCAGUAAGAAAAUACUGUUCCCAAUGUGGCCCUGAGCCAUGCUGGUGUUGCUACUGGAGCCCUGUAGUAAAAAAUUAUUAUCCCUAUCAUCAUUCGUCCAAGCUGAGAAAGAUCCCACGGCCCCAAGGAACUAGACUAUAUAUCGGAACGGCCCGAGGAAGAAGGUGCAUCAAACCCACUGGGACAUCCGCAGUCGCUCAAACAAGACGACCCAAAACUGCUCUCAAUCAAUUUCUCACCAAGAAACUCACACGUGCAGCAGAAGUGAAAGGCAAAGACUGAGCAGGAGCUGGGCAUCAACAUGGCUACUGAAAGUCUUGCCGAGCUUCGCGAUUGGCUCUUCCUGCUCCUGCUAUGCCUCACCUUCUUGGCUGAGGUGCUGGAACUGGCAGCAGCCGCAAUUGCCUUGGAGACGGGUGAAGGAGAUGGAGGAAUUGUUUGUCCCUCGGUCUGCCGCUGCGAUGAGGGUUUUGUCUACUGCAAUGACCGCGGACUCGGUCUAAUUCCUCCUUUACCGUUGACGGCCGCCAUCCUCUACCUGCAAAGCAACCGACUGAGUAAUGCCGGCCUGCCUCCAUCAUUGGAGCGCAGCACUUCCAUUCGAGUGAUUUACCUGUAUGCCAACCAGUUGGAUGAGUUCCCUGUACACCUUCCACCUUCAUUACGAGAGCUCCAUUUGCAGGAUAAUAACAUACGAACGUUACCACGAUCAUCUCUGGCCAAGUUACCCCUACUGGAGCGUUUACACUUGGAUGAUAAUUCAAUAUCUACAGUUAGCAUCCAGGAGCGUGCUUUUUCUGGGACUCCACGGCUCAGAUUGCUGUUUCUCUCUCGGAACCAUUUGUCCAGCAUCCCUGCAGGCUUGCCUGCAUCCUUGGAGGAGCUGCGAUUAGACGACAAUAGAAUCAACACCAUCCCCACCCAUGCCUUCCGAGGGCUCUCCUCCUUACGACGCUUGGUCCUGGAUGGGAAUCUGCUGGCAAACACACGGAUUGCAGAUGACACCUUUUCCCGCCUCUCCAAUCUGACAGAGUUGUCACUUGUCCGAAAUGCCUUGCAGUCUCCACCAGUCAACCUACCUUCAACUCAUCUUGUUCGGCUCCAUUUACAGGAUAACGGAAUGACUCACAUACCACGAGGUGCUCUGGACGGAAUGCGGCGGCUCCAGAAACUAGACCUAUCGGGAAACAAUUUGACCAGUCUGCCUCGAGGGCUUCUUAAGGAUGCAGAUAGUCUAGAGUUGCUGCUGCUACGAGGAAACCCCUGGUACUGUAGUUGCGGCCUUCGCUGGCUCCAUGCAUGGCUUCAUAGCUGGGGGGCUGCUGUUACAGUCAGGGGUUUGACCUGUCAUGGACCGGAGGCGGUGAAGGGCCAGUCCCUUAAAGACCUUACCUAUCUGAUGGAACAGUGUGAAGGACCACCAGCUGGUCCGGCCACUGUAGUUGUGGGGAAUCCAUCAGAAAAAAAUGGAGAAGGUCAUGAUCGUGUUGGAGGGGAUGGACAAGCUGUGGUCUCAGUUCCCCAUGGCAGCACCACCACUAACUCUUUGCUGGUCCCCACACAAGGUUCCCUCUUUACACUGCGAGCUAAGCGGCCAGGUCUAGUUUUGCCUAUGCCUGCAGGGGGAGCAGGACAUGUAUCCAGAGAGUCCCUGGAGCUGAGUGUAAAAGCUCUCUCUUCGGACAGUGUUCUGGUUAGCUGGUUGUGUCCACAGCCGGCACCCUCUUUCCGCCUAUCAUGGAUGAGGUUAGGUACCAGUGCGGCACUCGGUUCCAUCACAGAGACUCUAGUUCCUGGAGAGAGAAGGCAGUACCAUCUUACCCAACUCACACCGCGCUCGCAUUACCUCAUUUGCCUGCUGCCAUUAGAACAGGAGACCUUUCUCGGCUCCAGCAUGGGGACAGGUCACACUGGCAGCAUUGAAACGAACAAUAAAGAUUCUGCUCCAGCCUGUGCUCAGAUAGAAACUGGAGAGGCUGAAGUGAACUCCAGGGGAGAGGGGUCAGAAAAGGACUCACAAGACUCUGAGCUAUCAGCCUUGCCAUUGGCAGGGAUCAUUGGGGGUGCCACAGCAUUAGUAAGCCUACUGCUCAUCUUUGGGAUUUUUUGCUGGUAUGGACAAAGAACAAGUUACAAGUCGGGGGACUCAAAUUCAUGCAACAGAGGGCGAGGAGGAAAAAAUUAUGAUGACUAUGUAGAGUCGGGUACAAAGAAAGACAAUUCCAUCUUGGAGAUCAGAGCCCCUCCUGCAGGGUUUCAGAUGACAGCCAUGGCUCACCAGCCCCUGCAGCCCAAACUGGAGGAUGUCACCUACAUCCACACCAUUUUCCCCUCUUCUUCUUCUUCUUCGUCUUCCCAUGCAAAUGGGACAUACCGGAGCUGCCAAAGAGUCGGCAGCCUCAAUGGCACCAUCCUUAGCCAAACCAGCCACCAUCAUGUCACUUACGGUACCAACCGUGGCUACAGAGAGGGGGGCAUCCCCGAUAUAGAUUAUGCCUACACGUGAUGACACAGGCCCGCACUCCCUGAGCCUUGAAUGCCUGGCACUAUUUCUAUGAUGACGACCCUUGGCCAAUGGCCAUUUAGUCCUUGGUUUCCAAAGUACCCUUUGUGCCUCAGCUGGUUCAAGUCUGAUAUGUUUGCUAAGUAGAAGUGACUGUUUUCAGCCAUGUUGAUUGGAUAUUGCUAUUUUGUGAUGGAAGUAAUCGUCCUGCUAUACUGUACUCUACUACUGUAAUACACAUUACAGUGGGCCCUUCUUUCAGUGCUAUUUAUAUAUGGUUACAUUUUUCUCUUUUGGCUAUCUCUGUGUCUUUCAAAAAUGCUGUUCUUCAUACACAGUAACUUAUUUGAGGUUGAUAUAUUAGGCUUAGCUGAUGUAAAAGGAUAUAUUUAUAACAAGCAGGAAAGGCAAUUAAUGUGUAUAUAGAUAGCUCCCAUAUCUUCUGACCAACUGUAUGCUCUUUGCUGUGUAGAUGACUGGAUGACAGAGGGAGAAAUUGAUGGGUGUUAUAAUCCACAAAUGACAAUGAAUAGUGGUUGAAAUGAAAAUACUUGUCCUAAGCGCCCCCCUCUUUUCCUCUGGAUUACUUCACCCAAUUUAAUUGUUCCUCCUUCCUGCCUCUUUGUUUUUAGCCGAGGCCCUUUCCUUUCAUUUCUCUCGUCUUUUGUGGUGCCGUGAGUAGAGGACGACUUUGUUCUCGCCAAGGGAGCUGACAGCAGUGAUAACAGUUCUGACAAAGACAUGAGACACGAACCACCACACGGGGAGACUAAUGAGUGGGGGAGAGAGAGCAGGAGGAAAGAGAGUCAGUAUGAUGGAUAGAUAGAUGUUUGAAUGGAGAGAGCAAACAUGAAGUAGAAGAGACAGUGAAAGCUGCUGUUUUGGGAAUGGGAUUGAAAAAAUUGUGCUGGUUUAUCGCAGAGCAGGAGCAGAAGGGGAGCAUAAGAGGAAAAAGUUGGGUUAAAAAGGCUCUGUAACAACGUAGGUGUAGUCCGAACACAGCGAGACAUCUGGAGGAAGGCGACGUACAUCAGUAGCCCAUCCCAUCAAUGUGACCACUGGACUCCACAAAGUCAAGUUCCACAAAUUAUUAUGAAGACUGUGGGUUCUGUUACCAGUGAAAUUCUUAAUCAUCCUCACUAAUUAUAUGAAAGAAACCAACUCAUGCAUCUUGGACUCCUAAUUUAGUAACCCCAUUCAUCCUCGAGAGACUGGUUGAAUGAAAUAACGGAAGCGAAGUUUUAAAAACUCAUCAUUUUCUAGUGGAAAUUGAAACUCCAGUGUUCUAAUUACGCUGCAAAUAUAGACUCAUUAACAAUAUUAAACCAAAGUUUUUAAAAUAAGUAUGAAUUAACUAUUUUUGCAAAAGAGUACGGGAUGGGGAAACACAUAUUCCAUUACAUUGUAAUUUUACUGUAAUAGACCAAUGUCAAAUUAACUCCACCUUUUUUAAUUUAUUUAUAAAUAUAGAUUUAUGGAUCAGAUUAAGUGUUAUAUGGCUAUAGUUAAAGUACACAAAAAUCAAAUUUUGCUCCGUUAAAGUCCACCUGAUAAUUUUCUUAGCAUUCAUAAUUGUACAAAGUAGUAUGAGGGCCACACUGAAAAGAAAAUAUUAUCAAAUUGAAAUUAAAAAUGCAUACAUUUAUCGGAAGAAAGUCACCAAGUUACAGUAAGAAGUUACAAUAUUGCAAGAAAAAAAGUAGUAUUACAAGAAUAAAGUUGAAUAUUUUGGGAGGAGUGGUAGCUAUAUUAUAUGAAUUUGGAAUUAAAGUCAACACACAAAUGUAAACCAAACAGUUUGUGGUCAGCAGCCGCAUUCUCUCAAGAGAGCUGCCUUAUAAUAAUGAGGUAAUAUAAUAAAUAUUGUUAUAUCUGUUAAAAUCCCUUCCAGUUAGAAGGUAUUUCUUUAAUGAUGACUUGAAUGAUGGCAUAUUCUCAGAGUAUUGAGAGUGAAUUCUUUUCUGUGUGGUCCUAGAACUCCUUUGUUCAAUGGUAAAUUUGAAAAGGUUCAACAAAUGCAUAUAUUCUGCUGCAUGUGUCCACACAAUAAUUAAAAGGCAUUACAAUACUUGUUUGGAAUAAAAUAUAGUAUAAAUAAAGCUGAAACAAUUGGUGAUCCUUGUUGAAUUAGCAGAUAUUUCAGUUGCCACCUUGUGUGAGAUGGACUAGUUGGAACGAUGCAGUUGACCCAGCGCCUGUCGUCCAGUUUCAGUAGCCCUCAUGCACUAAAGACACACAAGGGGAUGUUUUGUGAACAGGGACAACAGCCUGACCGCCACACUGUGCCCUUCAACAUACACAGCAACACAGCAGGGAGGGCGGCAGCUGCUUUCCAAAAGACCCCCCGGUAACUUCUAGGGGAGGAGGAACAGCCGAGCAGCGAUAAUGGCAGAGCAACUGUGUUGUUUUAAUUUUAUUCUUUAAUGUCUGCAUUUGUUUUGAGGUUUCUGUUUUGUAGCUCUGAGGCUACCUUUCACUCUGUAGAAAUCCUUAUUCCUUGAAAAAAUUAAUGUCACCCUCAGAUGUCAAGAUGAGAACGCUAUUAUGUUUAAAAUGUUAUUGGUCUGUUGUCUUUUUUUCUACAUGAAUGAAUAAAGACUGACUAAAGGGAGAGGCAAUUGUAAGAGUUGUCUUUGUGUGGAUAUGACAUACGUGUGUGGGAGAAGAGUCAUUAAAACAAAAAGAAAGCCCAAUUUAUCACUUGGAUGCCUAAAAAAAAAAAUAUUGAAAGCCAAGAUUAUUCGUAUGAUUUGUGCUGAGACGAAGACAACCUCAUUAAAUGACACACACUGGAUGAAUACAUAAGCAGAGACAUGCGGCCAAUCAAAUUGGAAGAAAACUGCAAAAGAAUAUUAGCAGACAUAUCCAUCUUAAUGCUGAAAUAUUUGCGUGCCAAACCACACCAGAAAGUUGCAAGUGUGCAUUUGU